AUGGAUGUCCAACAAGCCAAAAAAUUAAGCGAUGCUUACAUCGAAUAUAAAGUAAAUGGUAAAAUUACGUGGGACUCACCGUUGCUUUUAGCGGUUAUUCGUAUUAAUGAGCAGAUCGAAAAUGAAUAUAGUUCUGAAUUUGCUGGAUUUAGCAAUUUGAGCCCUGAACAACUUCUCACCAGUUUUAAGGGGAUGUUUGCCGAUGAAAAAAUCAACUGGGGCCGUAUAAUGAUAGUGUAUCUAUUGAGUGGGUUAAUAGCGAAGGGAAAAAGCGAGAAACAGGUUUUAGCGCUCAAGAAUUCUAUUGGUCAAUUCGUUGCUGAAAGGUGUUCUGAUUGGAUAAAAAACCAAGGAGGUUGGGAAGAAUUGUACGGAUCUAUAGAUGAUGAAGAAGGUGAAAUCGAUGGGAGUUGGAAACAUAUGGCUGGUAAAAAAAUGUCAGACGUAGAACUGUUUGAACUUUUGGACUUCAACAACCGAGACGAAAUGAUUAGAGAAAUGUUGGCUACCGUAGAGGACCAAAACUGGCGUUUCGAUGAUAUAUCGGAUGAAGAACAUAUGCAGUUACUAAAUUUUAAUUCUUUGCCUGAAAUGACGAGAGAAAUGAUAGACACGGUAGACGAUGAUGAGUGGAACCCUAGCGAACAACCUGAAACUAAUGAUAACGUGGAAUCGGACCAAGAAACCCCUGCUGACGAACCCCCUAAUGAAAACGUACCGGUAAGUCAAUUUUAUGUUUUAGACAGAACGUUCGUAAGAGAAAACAAUACAUAUAAUGCACGAGAAACUGAUUAUCAAAUUACAUUUAGGAAUUUAGAUGGUAGGGAUAUGUUCAGUAUCAGAGAAAAUCUACAGAAAACUACGGUCACUAGUGACCCAGCUACCCUCUUCUCAAUGUUAACAGACCCGUCAAUUAUUGUCAAUGACAUUAAUUUCUUCAGCGAAAAUGUUGCUGAAAUUAAACAUACAUUUAUUGACGAAAAAGUUCCCAUUAACAAGAAAGGAAACGUAGUUCUGGCGGCUUUUACCACAGCGCAUGCCCGUCUUAAAUUAUACCAAGUCUUAGAGAAAUUACAAAGAAGGGUAUUGUACUACGACACAGAUAGCAUUAUAUUUACAGUUAAACCCAACGAAUGGGAACCACCGUUAGGUGAUUAUCUAGGAGAAUUAACUAACGAAAUUGAUCCAAAGGACGGUAACCAUAUUACACAGUUUGUUUCAGGGGGCCUAAAAAUUAUGCGUACAAACUCGAUUCCGGAAAGACUGUAUGCAAGGUUAAGGGUCUUACGCUUAAUUACAUGA